AUGUCUGGUCGUGGCAAGGGAGGUAAAGGCUUGGGUAAGGGCGGAGCGAAACGGCACCGGAAGGUCCUCAGAGACAACAUUCAGGGGAUCACAAAGCCGGCGAUUCGGAGGCUAGCGAGGAGAGGAGGAGUGAAGAGGAUCAGUGGGCUGAUCUACGAGGAGACCAGAGGUGUGCUCAAGAUUUUCUUGGAGAAUGUGAUUCGCGAUGCUGUGACCUACACUGAGCAUGCUAGGAGGAAGACGGUGACCGCCAUGGAUGUUGUUUAUGCUCUGAAGAGACAGGGCAGAACUUUGUAUGGGUUUGGUGGUUGA